AUGGUCAAGGAUAGCACCCGAAGCUCGCCGAGGAGCGCUCGUCGAUCCCUUGCGGGAACGAGCAGCAGCAAUGGCACGAGCUUUGUAACUUCACAGCAGAGCAAGCCCAAGCUGGCUCGACGGCCUCACAGCGUGGGUGGCAACCAGCUCGCGUCGAUGAUCGAGGAUGCUCAGAGAGAGGAGAGGGAAGAGGCCGCUCCUCCAAGUCGUCGCAAUGUGGUGAGUGUCGCUCGGCUCGACUCGGCUCGGCUGGACUCGACUUGACAGCUACAGUGAGCUGAUGCACCGAUGCGAACAUGCAUCCAUGAUGCGCUUCAGCCUGCUCCUCGCAAGUCGGCCAUCCGGAGCCGUGCACCCCAAGUCUUUGCCAGUCCCACUGGAGUCGUUCCCUCACCUGCCGUUCAGCGCUUGCGGGGCAACAUCACCAUGCCGCUCCAAGCGACGGGCAUGAUGAACUCCAUCAGCAACGUCAUUUCCGCCUUCACCGGACGAAAUGAUGACGGCGAGAAGCAGCCCUUCGAGCGAUCGAGCUCGGUGCCGAACAUUGCGCAGGCAAAGGACUCUGCUGGUUUGGCGGACAAUCGCGAGAACAACAGACCCAUCGAUUCAUCCCAUCCCACCGCUACGCAAGUCCGUCAACGCAGAGUCACGUUCAGCAAGACGAGGUCGAGGACGUGAGUGCUGGCCGUUGAUGAUUUCCUCCCGUGUGACUCGGCAGAGCUCAGGCUUACCCCUGGAUCGCGUCGGACCCCCGUAGAGAUUACGAGCGUGACGAGCCUACGAUGCGCAUUCAACCCGCUGGCAUGGACGCCGCAGAGCUUCACGACGUGACAGCGUCCAGCCUAUCUCGCGGAGGAUCGAGCUUGGACAUGUCCAGCUCCAUGGACGAUUCCGCCGAUGCCACAGAGUUCCUGAAUCGCAGCAGCAGUGCGCGCAGUAGGGCAGAUGAUAGCAACAUGGACAUUUCUCACAGCACCGCUUCAGCUUCUGGUCGAACACCCCAAGCUGAACAAGGCCAGGUCAGCUCGUUCAAUAGGAGGAGGAGAGACUCUGGUAUACCACAAGUCAUGCCAAUCGACGAGGACGACGAAGACGAGUCUAUGGACGAAUCGAUGGAUGAUUCGAUGGACUUGACUCAAGCUACCAAGAACGUCCAACCCGACGACCGCACUCAGACCAUGGAGAUCACGCAAGCGUUUGGUUUGAUCAAGGGCGCUCAGAGCGAAGACGAUGUCAGUGACGAGAUGGCGCAAGAGGCUGCCUCUAGCGUCGACGACAGCAUGGACGUCAGCCAAGAAGCGGCCCUUGCAGAUGCUGACGGGAGCGACAUGCAGAUCACGCAAGCUAUCGAUCAGCAGCGCGUGCCGCGGACGAGCGUUUCUAGACGUAAAAGCUCGCGACCUAGCGCAUCCUCGCGCUCUUCUUCCGCAGCUACCAAUCAAGGCAGAAAGAGCUCGCGCAAAAGCACUGCCUCCGGACAUGCGGACGGAUCCAUGACCAUGGAGAUGUCGCGUGGAGAAGAUGGCACGAUGGCAGAUGACAGCAUCGAUGAUAGCAUGGAUGAGGAUCCCUUGGGGAUGGCUGGCGCUCAGCGCGACUUGCCCGGCGAAGAGCUUGCCGCGGCGCAGGAGAAUGUCGCGAUUAGCAACAACAAGCGCAGAAUCUCUACAAUCCAGGAGGAAGACGAGUCGACCAAGAGGCAAGCGAGUCGGCUUGACUCCCCUGCCAAACGCACUGAGCCACAUGCCGCGCCGUCCACUCCGUCCAAGGCUCAUCAACCCUCUUUUGGUACACCCUCACGGCUGCGAGCGACGCUGCAAGGCCAGCAGGACGGUGCAUCAGUGGCUAGAUCACCUGCUAGAAGGGUCGUCGUAUCUGGACCUGCGAGCAAAGGGCAGACUUCCUCCGAAGCGAAAGCACCAGCGCACCAAGAUGUCGCGGGGGCUGCUCGGGAGCCGCGCGCCCUGGGCGCUCCGGUUCGUAAAGGAAUCGCAAAUGCUCGACCGUCCGUCGGUCUCCGUCCUCGACACAGCUUCGCCAUUGCUCAGAUCCACGACAAGGCAGACACCUCUGCAUCCUCGUCCGUCUCUUUCCAGAGUGGGCCUUCCGACAUGGAUGAGCCGCAUCGCAAGGUUUCCAUGUCAGAAUUCUUUGCUCAGCUUGGCAUCACGUUCCAUGAUAGCGUACCUUCGGCAAGUAGACGCCAGGUCGAGCCGGAAGAACAGAAGUCGGAGAGCGAUGCGCAGCCAGAAAUAAUGCGCUAUGCUAGCGUAGCUGCAGGCGCCGUUCCGAUGCUCGAGAGUCUCGUAUCGGUGAGUGUUUGCCUCAUUUCUGGGCUCAAUAGAGAAGCGCCAUGCUAAUCGGCUUGAAACUCCGUCUGCGAUGCUCUUUCAGGCUUGCAAUGACCUCGAGGCACACGUUGCGAAAGGUCGUGCCGAGCUUGAGCGCAAGGAGAGCGCCUUCACGCGCAAUCCUCCGCCAUUUGUGGCGGAGAUGUUGAGCGAGAAUAACUCUGAGCGCAAGGACGCUGAAGUGAGUGGUUCGAUGUUGAUGUUGCACGAAUGCGCCCCACUUACUCUAGAUGGUCGCCCUGUCACAGGCUCAGUGUCGCUUGCAAAAGGCAGCUGCUCGGGCAUUGACACUGGAAAAGUACUACGGCUGGCGUCUGGACAAUCAAUUUGGAGCUGAGAACGUCCAGCAUUUGCAGUCAAUCUAUGCCCGCCUCGCAGUGGACUCUGAGGUUGUGCACCGUGAAAACACGCAAAUGGCCAGCCACACGUUGCCCACGCUUCGAGAGCGUCGAGCAGCCCUGCAAGAAGAGUUGGAUCGCGAGGAGCAGCGCAGAGAGCUCAUCGCCCAAGCUGAUCCGACUGAGCUGCGCGGCUACCAUGACAGCAUCACGGAGCAAGGGUGAGUUUCGACCGGCUUCCCUCAGCGUCUCGAUGAGCCGGCGCGCUGACUCGCCGGUCUUGCCCGCUUGUGCAGUGUACAACUGGAGAGCAUGCGAGCACGCAAUGCAGAGCUUGAAGGCGAGCUAUCGCGCUUAGAGUCGCGUCUCCAGGAGUUUGCGACCAAGCGGGAAGCUACCGAGGAAGCGAUUAGCGCGGCCAAAGCCAAGUACGAGCAGAUCAAGGGUUUCACCACGUCCGAAGCGGCUCGUCUGCUUCGAGAGGUGAAAAAUUUGGAAGCACUUCAUUUGUGGAGCUUCAAAGGACAAGAAGAGGAUGGAAGAGUGUACAUGUGCCACGAUGAUGCGGUCGACGUCACGCUGCUGCUCAAUGCGGUCGGCGAGGUUGAAGAAGUAGACGUUGCUCCUGUGCUUGGGCUGGACGCUGCAUCUAUUCCUGCUUGGGCAAUCUCGGCCAUGGCAUCGGAAGCAAAGGCGAGCCCGUCGAAAGAUGUGACCAUGGUACGUGCAAUGUUGCCUCUUGCCGAUCUCCUUUGAGCUUGAGCUUAUAGGCUGCCUUUCGCAGGUGCUUCGCCGCAUCGCGAGGCUCUGGGCCAGAUCUCGCACGGUACGAACUGCAUACGAGCAUCUUCGUGCACGCUUCCCUGCUAGCAUGGCCACCACGGAAGCAUCGGACAAGAUCAUCCUGGGUGCGCAGGUGCUUCUUACAAGGCAGCGCACGAAGCUCAACAUCGAAGCUGAAUACUCCACCAAAGAUCUGCUGGCUUCUGAGCACGCUUUGAACACGACUUGCAAGAUCAAUGUCGAGUGUGUCUAUGGAAAUGCAGAGUGAGUCUUACUUUUGAGUUGCUGGCGUUGACGCAUCGCUCACAGACUCUUUCGGCUUGCCUCCCGCUUCCUUUGCUCUGCGCAGUCUGGCGGCCAUCUGCGACUCGCUCUCCAGUCAUCUGCGCAAAGCACCUGGAGCAGAGGGCCUCGCCUCAUCUUGCUCGGAAACCAUCGCAGCUUUCUCGUGAGCGAGCGAGGGCCUAAGUUGCGCGCCCUACCGUACCUACCACUCUUAUGUUGUACACAAGACCCUCUAUGACGCCAUGCAUUUUAUCAGCGGACGAGCUUGAGCUGCAUUGCCCACUAAUGUCGUCUUUGCACUGCUUCUUGAUUUCGCCUACGACGCCUAGCGCGGUCGUGUUGUGUUCCUCGACGGCAAAGUGAGUCGAGACGGAGUCGGCCGUCAACGCCUUUCGUCUAUUACGACUGCGCAGACUUCCGAGCAAAUCCUGCACGUCGAUCUCGAAUAUAUGAAUCAGAUUCACGCUUGCCUGUCGUUGGGACUACGCCUUGGGAGGCGUAGUGUUACGCCAGAGGGUGUUCCGGUGCAGCCUCGCCCUCGAUUCCGCCAGAGUUGAAGAAGACCUUUGUGAUCACCUAAACACUUGAUUGACAUGGCCCGGCGUGUAUAUUGCAGAGCCGUGUAUGACGAUGUGUCGAGCCGAGACAGGCGCGUUGCGGUCGAUGUGUGUCGAGCUGCGAAGGGCGCGCAGGCGUUGCGAGAAGGACGAGCACAAAUCUGCGCAGCCCAACAGAGCCAUCCUUCGAUCCGUUUUUGCCACUCGCGACUGUUGUGAGAGGCGAAAUUGUGCGGUGCUGUGAGCUCGUUGCAAAAGUACAAAGGUACUCGCUUUGGAUGGCGCCCCCUCCCCUCCCCCCACCGAUUCGACGAAAUCUUUUCCCCGCCCGUCAUUGUGAUUUUUCAACGUCUUCAAGCUGGUCUUGAACAAACCAUCCAAGCUGGGCUUCAACGAUACGCAUUUGCUAUCAUCUGCAACAUACCGUCCGUCUAUCACCUACAACUCGACUUGUUCGCAUGAUGCGCCUCUUCACACUUUCCACCGCUAUCACUGCUGCUUCGUGAGUGUCCGCGUGUCUGACCCUCGCCAUGCAGGCGACUUUGAUUCUCGCUCGCUCGCUCGCUCACUCUCUCACUCUGCUUUGUCCAUCCUGACAGAUUGUAUGCUGCCAGAGCUGCCCCGAUACCGCAGCCUGAGAAGAGCAUGGAGAUGCAGCAGCGAAGUGUCAUCCCAUUCGAGGAGUCGUCAACUUUCGUUUCUUCCCUGCAAGGGAGAAGCCCCAGCUUCAUCGGCGACAUUGGCGAUUCCUGGAAGGCCAAAUUCGAUCACUAUGUGGAUGUGGCGAAGCAUCCCAUCCGGUACAUGAAGCAGCACUUUCACAACGAAAAGGAGCAAUUGGAGCAAGCUGCUAAACAGAAGGAGCAAGAGGCAAAGGCCAAAGCCCACGCGAUUGCCAAUCCCAUCGAGACGACUCAAGCCAAGAUCGACGCUAAAGAGAAGGAGCUGCAGAAACAUUACGAAAAGACCGUCAAUACCAUCACCAAUCCUGAACAGGCUGCUGAAGCUGCGCUGAAGAAGAAAGAGGCCGAAGUGAGCGGUCAAUUUGACAAGUACAAGAACGCCGUCGAGAAUCCUGGCAAGACGGCCGAAAAUUGGCUCAAGCCUCAGCUCAUGGCGCCCAAUUGA